AUGGAAAGAAGACAUUCCGCGGCCGAGAUGGUGUACGGACAACAUCUACGCCUACCCGGAGAAUUUCUUCAUUCCCGCAGGACAAACGAAGAGCUCAACACCGAAGCAAAUUUUGUUAAGGACCUCAGACGUCAUAUGGAAAGCUUACGUCCAGCCGCAGUUAAACACCAUGGCGAGAAGACGCCAUUCGUUUUUAAAGACUUGGCAACAGCGACACAUGUUUUUGUGCGUGCGGACGGCGUUAAAACUCGACUACAAAACCCAUAUGAUGGUCCGUUUACAGUGAUCAAACGCGACAACAAAACAUUCACGGUGCUAGUGCGUGGUCGCGAAGUUAAAGUGUCCAUAGACAGAGUCAAACCGGCGUAUUGUUUGAAUGAUGCGACAGAUACCAGGAACGAGAACAAUAGCCUUCCAUCAACUUCUGCCCCAUUAUCCGUGCCCAAGGCAAUUACCACUAGGUCCGGUAGAAGGGUCCGUUUCCCUGACCGACUACAAGUUCCGUGA